UGCAGCAGUAUGCAGUGAAGGUUUAUAAUUUUAUAUUUACAUGUUUUCGAUUAAUUCAGUUUUUCAUUCUUUAAAUAAUAUUAAUUCAGUGGUUAUCUAUAAUGAUAUCUUCUAACUUGCUUUCAGUCUACUGAUUUUGAUCAUGUUUAGAUAUUGAAUUUAGUCUUAUUGGUAUAUAUCUAGUAGGCAUAUACAAUAUUUUCUUGUACAUAAAGCUUGUCAUUUAGUAUUCAAUAUGCUUGCAUGUAGUAGAUAUAUACUUGUACAUAUUUCAGUGUUAUAAGAUCGAGACACCCUGAUUAAAGAGAACUAUGUUCUCUGUGAAGGUUCUAUUCAUUCCCAGAGGAGCAAUUGUCUGGACCUUCAGACCUUUAGUACACAAACUUGGCCACAGUAAUUGUAGAACAAUGACCCCCUUUCAGUUUGUGUAGCCCCCUUUUCUAUAGUUUCAACUUGUACUGGUAGAGCUUGGCUUGGGUUUUAGCUUUUUGAGAAAGCCAAGUCAUUACAUUUCGGAAAGCCAGCGAGUUAACAUCAUAUUUUAGACACCUCAAGUAUUAAGUUCGAUCUUUCGAUACCUUCGAUUCAGUUUCAACAGUUCAAAGCCUCCAAUUGUAUUCUAUCUACUUACAACUACUUACUACUUACUACAUCUACUUAACUUGAUGUUACACGAGAGUUUUGCAAUUAAAAUCGAAUCGUCAUCGGUAAUUCUCUCUGUUCGGAAUAAGUUUCUUUUGGAGUGCAUUGUUCUUCGAACCCCCUUCGAACUCGACCGAAACUCCUUACUUAGCAUCUCGUGUUAAGUGAGGCAGCCACAAUAGAAUACAAGGGACUGAAAAUUCGUCGAUGAAACUGGAUUUCGUGAUUUCGCUAUGGAGAAUCAAACAGAUGCUGUGAGUGUUGUUAGUCAUAAGUCAGCGCGGAGCAGAGCAAGUAGAUCUUCUCGAGCAAGCAGUAGGAGUGAUCACCUUAUUCUACGUCGCCAGGAAGCUGCCAUUAAAGCAAGUUCGGCAUUCGAUGAAGAAGAGGCUAAGCUGGAGUUGACACUUCGAAAUUUAAGGACACAAAGAAAGCUAGCUUGUCUUCAAGCCGAACAAGCUGUUCUGGAGGAGAACGCCGAGUCUGAGUUUUCUCAUGGACCCGAAGACAACCACGAUCUCAAAGACAUUAAAGAGGAAAACGAAGCAGAAAGGAUUUCACGUUUUCUUAAUCGCCAGGGAGAGGAGGAAACUCCAGUCGUUACACACCUAGAAUUGGGACAGUCGUCCACAACCGUGAGUAAUUCACCUGAUGAUAUUCACAAGAUUGUCUCCUCACUUGAGAAACUAGCACAGUCAUCUCUCGAGCAAGGUGUGUUAAAUCGACAUAUGUUGAUUCAAGCCCAGCUACCAAAAGUCGAUAUCCCUUUGUUUUCUGGUGACCCACUAUGCUACCCUCUGUGGAAAAACUCGUUCGACUCAACUGUACAUAUAAAACCACUCGACGAUGGAGCCAAAUUGAAUCUGCUUCACAGCUGCGUCGCUGGGAAGCCGAAAGAAAUUGUGCAGCACUUUGUUUUGAUUGGCUCCCCGGAUGCGUAUGAACAAGCUCGGGAGACUCUUUCCAGACGGUACGGCGACCCGACGGUGGUAAGCUCAGCCUUUACUUCUAAGCUAAAUUCGUGGGGACGCAUCAACAGCCGUGACGCAACCGGACUUCAAGAUUUCUCAGACUGCUUGGCAAAGGUCGUUGCUGCAAAGAAGUCAAUAAAGAGCCUGGGGAUUUUGGAUUUUCCUCAAGAGAAUUCAAAACUCGUCGAAAAGCUCCCCUCAUACCUCGAAAGCAAGUGGAGGGAUGAAAUCGAUCGCUACAAGGAAAGACAUGGGAGACAAGAAUACCCUCCUUUCAUCGCCUUCGCUGAUUUUGUGAGGAGAGCGGCGGACAAGGCCAAUAUCCCAGAGCUCAGUGCUUCUGUGCGGGAGCAGAUAAAGCCAGUCAACCCGAAGUCAAACGGAAAACACGCUCGUACUUUCGCAACUGAAGGAAAACCUUUCAAACCUUCAGGCAAGCCGUCCAAGGACAAGACCUGUCCAUAUUGUCAAGAUAAUCAUCUCAUCGAAGAAUGCUCCAAGUUUAAAAAUAUCACCCUCGAAGAGCGGCGGGCAUUCUUCUUUGAGAAGAAGUUGUGCUUUGGAUGCGGGCUGCACAGCAACCACAGGAGCAAGCAGUGUAAGGCCAGGCGCUCUUGUGCAGUUUGCGAAGGAAGGCAUCUAUCCUGCUUCCACUCGUGGCAGAAACAGCCAGUCAAGCAGGAAGAAGCAACCGCAAAUUGCACCUCGGUCUGCAGUCUCCAAGAAAUUCAAGGAAAAGACCACUCGAUGAUUGUUCCUGUGUGGGUGAGGAGUGUCAAUAACCCAUCAAAAUCAUUCUUAGAGUACGCGAUAUUGGACGAACAAUCCAAUGUUAGCUUUAUAUCAUGCAAACUGUACAAUAAGCUAAACCUCCAAGGCCAAAAAACCAGCCUCAAGCUGACGACGCUGCAUGAUACUUCGAUGAUUGAUACUUUCAAGGUGCAGGACUUGGAGUUGCAAGACCACAAAAGGCAAAACAUCGUUCGCCUACCAGCUGCCUUUACCAGGGAUGACAUUCCUGCCACAAGGUCUCAAAUCCCAAAGGCUAAGAUCGCUGAAAGAUGGCCUCACCUCAUCCGCGUGGCAGAAGAGAUGAUGCCAUAUGACCAGACUGUCGAAGUUUCUCUUCUCAUCGGAACAGACUGCCCAAGUGCGAUUCGACCUCGAGAAAUCGUCGCUGGAGGAGAAGCGGAACCUUAUGGGCAGAAAUCUCUACUUGGUUGGGGAGUUGUCGGACGAAUCUGCAAGGAUCCAAUCGAAUCAAGUUCAGCUAGCUGUCACAAAAUAGCUGCUGAAUUGUACCAGAACCUCGCAUUCCCAACCAAGGCCAAGGAACUUCUCAUCGAAGACAAGGUGAUAAAAGCUCUGGAAACUGACUUCAAACAUGACAACUCGAAAGAACCAAUGUCCAUUGAAGACCAUAGAUUUCUUCAUCUCCUUGAGGAGGGAAUAGUGAAGAGACAGGAUGGGCAUUAUGAAAUGCCACUUCCACUAAAGACAGAUAAUGUAAGCCUUCCAUCAAACCGACAAGUAGCUGAAAAACGAUGGAGACAGCUUACAGCUCGUUUCAAGAAAAAUCCUCAGUUCCUGAACGACUAUCGAGCCUUCAUGGAUGAAGUUAUCAAGACAUGUGCAGAGAGGGCACCAGUUCACAGUGUGGAAGGGAUGGUCAACUAUGUUCCCCACACAGGAGUGUACCAUCCUCGAAAACCGGGCAAGAUUCGUGUCGUUUUCGAUUGCUCGGCAAAAUGUAAUGGCAUCUCCCUCAAUGACCAUCUCCUUCAAGGCCCGGACCUUACUAAUGGACUCCUCGGUGUCCUAUGUCGCUUCAGGCAAGAUGAUGUCGCAUUCAUGGCCGACAUAAAAAGCAUGUUCCACCAAUUCUACGUUACUGAGAAGCAUCGAGAUCUUCUUCGCUUUCUCUGGUGGGAAGACAGCAAUCCAAAUUCCAAUGUGAUCGAAUAUCGGAUGAAGGUGCAUCUCUUCGGAGCGACAAGCUCACCAGGCUGUGCCAACUUCGGUCUCAAGAGGGCAGCAGAUGACGGCGAAGAGGAAUUUGGGAGUGAAGCUGCCAACUACAUUCGUAAGGAGUUCUACGUAGAUGAUGGACUGAAGUCGGUAUCGACAUCGGAAGAAGCUAUUGUACUCCUGAAAUCAGCACAAGGGAUCUGUGAAAAAGCAGGGCUUCGACUUCACAAAAUCAUGUCGAACAAGAAGGAAGUUCUGCAAAAAUUUGCAACAGACGACAUGUCCAACGGCCUGGCUGAUCUGAACCUCGAUGUCGACCCUCUACCUCUGGAGCGUGCUCUUGGUGUAGUCUGGUGUGUUGAGAGCGACAGUCUCCAAUUUCGCAUAGAGCUCCAUGAUCGACCCCUUACCAGGAGAGGUGUCUUGUCAACUGUCUGCUCUAUAUAUGACCCUAAUGGCUUCGCUAGUCCAGUGACUCUACGUGGCAAGCAGAUCUUGCAGAGUUUAUGUCGAAGCAAGAUCGACUGGGAUAGCCCAAUUCCAGAAGACAUCAGACCACAGUGGGAGAAAUGGAGAAUGGAAAUAAGCGAACUGGAAAACUUAAAGAUUCCACGCUGCUACAAGCCCCAGAACUUCGGUUCAGUGAAGCAUGCUGAAUUACACCAUUUCUCUGACGCCAGUCAAAAUGGAUAUGGUCAGUGCUCAUACCUUCGACUUGUAAAUGAAGAGGGUGAAGUAUCGUGUUCUCUUGUCAUCGCUAAGUCUAGAGUGACCCCUCUCAAGCACCAAACCAUUCCAAGACUCGAAUUAGCUGCUGCUGUUAUCUCGGCCAAGAUGAGUGCAUUUCUUCGCAAAGAACUGACAUAUCAUGAGAUUCGUGAAUACUUCUGGACUGACAGCAAAAUCGUGUUGGGGUACAUCAGCAACGAGUCCAGAAGGUUUCAUGUCUAUGUAGCCAAUCGAGUGCAACAAAUACGCAAUGUAUCUGACCCUGCAUCUUGGUACUACGUAGACACUUCAACCAAUCCAGCAGAUGAUGCUUCUCGAUGACUCACGGCAAAAGAGUUGU